AUGAUUUUGCUUUCUUGCAGCAUAAGGACAUUAAGCCUAACGAAGAACUACACAUCCUUUUCGGAAUUCUGUAUUGUGCCAUUUUUCUCUAAUUCGGAGGAUGACGGUUUAAUUUCAAAUCUGUUUGUCCUAAUAUAUGUGGUUGGGCUUCUAAUAAACUCUGCCAUCAUAAUAGUGAUAUAUAAAAAUGAUCACUUACAUAAUCCCAUGUACUUGUUUCUCUGCAAUCUGUCUAUUGUGGACAUGUGCUACACAACGGUCCUUGUUCCUAAACUUCUCUACAUACUGAUUUCAGGGGAUAAUGUUGUGUCCUUCACCCAGUGCUUCAUCCAGAUGUGCUUCUUCUUCUGGAUAGGAAGCACGGAAGACCUUCUGUUAUUUAUUAUGGCUUAUGACCGAUAUGUCGCCAUUUGUGACCCUUUACAUUACCACUGUGUCCUAAGUAUGAGAGUCUGUAUCUUACUUAUUGCUUUUAUUUGGGCUUCUGGGUGUCUAAAUUCGCUAUUGAUUUCAAUAUCUGUCUCAAAAAUGUCUUUCUGCCGUUCUAUAAUUCAUCACUUUUUCUGUGACUCAAAAGCACUCACCAAGAUCUCCUGUGGGGGCACAGAGCUAUUCUACGUUGUCAUUUUUGUCUUGGGAGGUUUCUCUUUGUUCUUAGCUCUGAGCAGACUCUUGCUGUCCUAUGUACAGAUUAUCAGGGUCAUACAACGUAUUACAUCUAAGGAUGGCAGAAGUAAAGUCUUCUCCACCUGUUCAUCCCACCUCGCUGUUCUGGCCAUCUACUAUGGAUCUGGUGUAUCUGUAUACAUGAUACCACCAUCAGACCGCUAUGCCAUACUUGAACAGAUCUUAACCAUGUUCUACACCACAGUGGUCCCCAUGUUGAACCCUCUCAUAUACAGUCUACGGAACAAAGAAAUAAAGAGUUAUUUGCGGAAACUUGUGUCAUAA